UCCAACCAUUCCAACUAUCCUUUUUUUUUUUUUUGUAAGUUCUCUUUCCUCUUGCUCUGCCUAAUAACCAAACACCAAACAUAGCAUCAAACCAGCUUCACGCCACCAUUGUUGAGGUUCCAGCGAUCUUCUCACACCCACCGUGAAACUCAUCACAGUCUCCAUCGUUCUCUUCAAGCAGAGCUAAGCCACCAUACUAGGGUUUAACAAGGUUUUAUUCAUUCCAAUUUCAAUCAAUAUAAAUCAUAGUAUCUCCAAUCAUUUUCAUUUUCUUGCUCAGUUGUUAAAAUGAAGAAGGAGUUAUCAAAGAAUCAGAUUUUCGCUCUUCACGGGAUUACCGCUGCUGGGUCAAUAGCUUUAGCCACAACUUUCACAUAUCCUCUAGACACUAUCAAAGUCCUCACUCAGGUUGGUUCUAGUGCUGGUAAAGAAUUGAAUGCUAAUCAGAUUGUUACGAGAGUAUUCGCUGUCUCUGGUAAUGCAGGUAUGUUCAGUGGUUUUGGUUGGUUGGCAUUUGGAAGGAUUUUUGGUCUUGGAGCACGAUUUGGGGUUUACGAAAUCCUGACAGCUUUUUGUAAAGAUGGUCGGGAAAAUAACUAUGUCACUGCUUCUGAGGCUUUUUUGGUUGGCAUGGCUGCUGGUGCCACAGAGACAUUCAUAAGCUCUCCAUUUGAACUCAUCAAGCUUCGUAUGCAGGCUGCCUCUGCUUCAUUUGUUCCAAAUUCUAACUUUUCUUUGGAAGAGGGGGCUCGCAAACCGCUAAUUGCAAGAUUACUCAAUGGCUGCUAUCCAGACAAGAAGUCUUUGAAUCAAUAUGUUGGUCUCUUGUCUACCCUAACAACCAAGAAUACUAACAUAUCAGGUGCUUUACUUGAGUAUCCAUGGGCAAUGACAGGAUCUGGGUUGCCUCCAUCAGUUUGCAAUGUGAGAAGACCAUCAAACAUUAUAUCUUUGGAAGGAUGGAGUACAUUGUGGAGAGGUCUGCGUUCUGGAAUUGUUCGAGAUUCUGUGUUUGGUGGCGUAUUUUUUUCAAGUUGGCAAUUUUUGCACCAGGCAAUGCUUGAUUGGAAGGCUGUAGGGAUGAAUCCUCCACCCAGGUUAAAUGAUGAAGUUGGCCCAUUGUCUCCUUUGGCCGUUAGUCUUGCUGCUGGAUUUUCUGGUUCCGUUGCUGCCGCUGCUUCUCAUGGUUUUGAUACUGCUAGAAGUAGAUCACAAUGUACCGUGGUGCCAAAGUAUGUCUCAAUGGAGAGAAAGUUACUGCAAUGGAAACGACCAGGAAACAAGUUUGAAAGAUUUACUGGGAUCCAUCCUUCUGACAGGAAUGUCUUGUCCCGUGGUCUCGGCUUGCGGAUGGCUCGCUCUGGUAUCGCAUCAUUCAUGAUUGUAGGAAGUUAUUUAUUUGUUGUUGAUCAUCUUACCUCUAGUUUGACUUAAUUGGCAUAAGUUGAUCCACAGUUUUUGUUAGUAGUUAGUGUUUACUAUAUUUUCUCUUAGAGACGAGCACAUAAUUUUGGCUUGCUGCUUUGUACUAGUCAGUAAAGAGAAUAUAGAAAGGAGAUAACACUUGAUUCUUACCGUAGUUUAAUUACAUACUGUGGUGAAAUCAAUAUUCAGACUGUAACUUAUAACAGAUAGAAGACUGAAUUUGUUCAAUACUGCUUAUAAGACA